AUGGCAAAAAGGUCCAGAGAAGAAGGUCCUGCCGACAGACGGAAGAAAUUCAGAUUUUCCUCUGGUACCCUCGAGCCCUGUGUUUCUGGCAUUUAUGCUACAUGCUCAAGAAAACAUGAAAAGCAAGCAGCUCAAGAGUUGGGUAUCCUUUUUCAGGAAAAACUAGAAGAAUAUUACGCUAAUGAGCUUAGCUCGCUGAAUAAGAAUGAGGCUGGUGAUCAAAACAGUGAGGAAUUGUCUGUUGAGGAUCAGAUAAAAAAGGAACUGGAAGCACUUCGCUCAAAGCCCAAAGGUCACAAGAACAAGGAAAUAUUAAAGUUCAUUGACUUGAAUUGCGAAUGUGUGAUUUUUUGUAAAACACGUUCUCCAAUCGUUCCUGAAGUGUUUGUCCAUAAGCUGAUGGAAGAAUUUUCAGAUCCUAAGAGCUUACAAAAAAGAACAAGGUACGUCCAAAAACUGACUCCAAUUACAUUUUCAUGUAACGCUUCUCUUUCUGAGCUAGAAAAGCUAUGUGACAAAGUUCUCAAGCCACAUUUUCACAUGGAUAAUGGUGUAAACUACACUUUUGCAAUUGAGAUUACUAGAAGAAACUUUAAUACUAUAGACAAAAUGGAAUUGAUACAAAAAGUGGCCAGUGCAGUUGGAAAAGGUGGUAAAUACAACCACAAGGUUGAUCUGAAGAAUUAUGAUAAGCUCAUCCUAGUUGAAUGCUUCAAGAAUAACAUUGGUAUGUCCGUGGUCGACAGCGAUUAUCGUGAGAAGUUCAAGAAAUACAACAUUCAGCAAAUCUUUGAGGCCAAGUUCAAGGACCAAAAGGAAAACACCGAGGCUGCUGAAAAACAAAUCACUAAAAAGAAGUGA